CCUGGGCCGCGGAAGCAGAGCGCAAGAACUUAACCACUCCGCCGUAGGGCAGCCCCAGCCUCCCCAUUUUUAAUACUAACCCCUGGCCUUUGAACUGAGAAUGCCCUCCGAAAGCAUUUACUUUCACACCCUUCAAAAACUAUAAUUGUCCGUGUGAGACAGAGGCAUGCUCAGGGGAAGAGCCAUCCAGGGCACUCAUUGCCCACAGGGGUGCCCACACCUUGCUUGCAAAGCUUUACCUUCCCUCUGACCAACUACUGAGGAGCCCGCAGGGUGCCAGCAUUGGCCUCAGCUCUGCCUUGACCCAGAGCAGUGUCCGGAGAUCAGGCCAGGGAGCAGCAGAAGGGCCUAGCCUUGAGAUUGUGUGGCAGACACAACAAGGGGUGGGGACCCUGGAGGGCAGGGCGUGGUGAAGCACCUAUAUCCAGCCCAGAGACCAGAGCCCAGCACUCCCAGCCUCUCCUGGACCGCCGCCUCAUGGACCGCACCAUCGUGCUCAUCACCGGCUGCUCUUCCGGCAUCGGCCUGCACCUGGCCCUGCGUCUGGCAUCUGACCCAUCCCGGAGUUUCAAAGUGUAUGCCACGCUGCGGGACCUGACGGCGCAGGGCCCACUGUGGGAGAUGGCCCGGGCCCGAGGGUGCCCUCCCGGCUCCCUGGAGACCUUGCAGUUGGACGUGAGAGACGCAGAUUCCGUGGCCGCUGCCCGGGCACGUGUGACCGAGGGCCGCGUGGACGUGCUGGUGUGUAAUGCGGGCCGGGGCCUGCUCGGGCCGCUCGAGCUGCACCCGGCGGGCGCCGUGGCCUCUGUGCUGGACGCGAACGUGGCCGGGACGGUGCGGACGAUUCAGGCCUUCCUGCCGGACAUGAAGCGCCGCCGCUCGGGACGCAUAUUGGUGACCGGGAGCAUGGGAGGCUUGAUGGGGCUGCCCUUCAAUGCCAUUUACUGCGCCAGCAAGUUCGCGAUCGAAGGUUUAUGUGAGAGUCUGGCGGUUCUGCUGCAGCCCUUUGGGGUCCACGUGAGCCUCAUCGAGUGCGGCCCGGUGCACACCGCCUUCCAGGAAAAGCUGGAGGGCGGCCCGGGCGGGGCGCUGGACGGCGCGGACGCCGACACCCGCGACCUCUUCUCUCGCUACCUGCGCCACUGCGAGCAGAUGUACCGCGAGGCGGCACAGGACCCGGAGGCGGUGACGGAGGUGGGCGCCCGGCGGGGCUCCGGGAGCGGGCGCGGCACGCGGGUCCCCGCGCCGAGCCCCGGCCAGCGCGCCUCCUGCCGCCGCCGCAGGUCUUCCUCACCGCGCUGCGCGCCCCGCGGCCGGCCCUGCGCUACUUCAGCACCGAGCGCUUCCUGCCCCUGGUCCAGCUGCGCCUCUCCGACCCCAGCGGCCGCAGCUACGUCGCCGCCAUGCACAGCGCGGUGUUCGCCGACGAGCCCGCCCAGGACCCCGACGGCGCCCGGGCCGAGGCCAGAGACGGAGAAGCCCGGGAGCCCUGAGCUUGGCGCUCGUCCUGCCGCCCCGCAAUAAUAAAGUCUUGGUCCACUGCC